AGGGGAAAGAGGCGGGACCCACUGAGAGGCGGAGGUGGUUAGCUUACAGUUGGAGAGGCUGUGAAGCAGCGAGAGACGGAACCCGGACUGAGCCGACCAACCUAGGUUCCAAUCUUUGGGUACUCCAGGAGCUGCUGUUCUAACCCCUACUUUUGGACCUAUGGAUUUUCCAUCUAGCAUUUCAUCCUAUUCUUCCUUCCCCCUCUCUUCCUCUUUUGCCACCUUCCCAGUGAACAGUGACUCUGGCUUCCCCUCUGAUAGUGAGGGGGAGAAUAAGGGGGCCCAUGGUCCCAGGCCAGACACUGUUGGGCAGAGAGGAGGUUCUCGGCCCAGCCCGGGUCCUGUCCGCUACAGGCAUAGAACCAAGGUUUCCAGCAAACAACAUACAGCAUCUCACUUGGAACAGCAAGGCUUGGCUUCUCUUGUAGCAGGAUCCAGGAUCAAAAGAUCAAGAGAUGAUAAAUUGGAAACCCGUCUAAACAUUCAGAGUUGUACCACAGAGGGAGACAUGCUCUUUGCUCAGAAGUGUAAAGAGCUCCAAGGAUUCAUUCGCCCCCUCACAGAUCUACUAAAUGGACUGAAGAUGGGUCGCUUUGAGCGAGGAUUGAGCAGUUUCCAGCAGAGUGUAGCAAUGGACAGGAUCCAGCGUAUUGUAGGUGUUUUGCAGAAGCCACAGAUGGGGGAGCGUUAUCUAGGAACGUUGCUACAGGUGGAAGGGAUGUUAAAGACAUGGUUUCCUCAUAUAGCUGCCCAGAGGUCAUCCUUGGGUGAUAGCAGGCACCAACUGACCAAGAUAAGAAUUUAUAAACCUGAGAACAAGCAUCUGCCAAGUCACCACACUAAUCUAGCUGCUUACUCUCCUGCACCUCCCAUGACAAAGAUGGACCAGGUGCAGCUAGAGCAUCUUGUUCUGAAGCAGAAGCAGCCUUGGCACCUCACAAAAUGGCCAGACAUGAACCUCACCUGGAUCCACACCACUCCAAUUUGCAACCCCCCUCUCGGUACCCCAGGUACCAUCUCCUUUAGCCAUGGUCCUUUAGGUACUGGAACCAGCAUGGGCGUCAUAUUUUUUCUCCACCAUGGAGUGCAGUCCACCUACUCUGCCCCAACCACUCCAGUUCCACCUACUACAGCAUCUCCUUUCAUCUCUGGUGAUCCUAAGAAACUAUCAGGAGAGGGGCCUCGCUGCCACAGUUUGCCAGUGACUCUAACAUCAGACUGUAGAUGCACUCCAUCUCCUUCUGGUCUACCCACCAUAGCCAGAUUGAUGACCAUGAGACACCUAGAAGAGUUGAGAAGCCAUCCUCUGGUUGCUUCUGAUGUCCAUCUUCUCAACCCCUAACCCAGAACAUGUGGUUCUCCUGUGUGAUUUCUAAUUUGUGUUAAUAUGUGUAUAUAUAUUUUUUACUUUUAAUGUGUGUAUUUGUGUUGAGGGAAGAUAUAUUCUUUCUGAAUAAAAAUAUUUUGUUUCUAAA